AUGACGACACCGAGCACCGGAAAGCACGCUUCGGUCUCCGGGAAAGAAGAAGGCGAGCUCACGGCCUCCGCUUCCGCUUCCGAAGACGAAGUACAACCAAUGCAAACAAGCACGAGAGCUCCUCUCACUGAACACGUAUCAGCUCCUUCAGCAAACACAAAUAUUCAAAGGCGUCAAGCUGGAAAUGUUGGAUCUUUGACUAAGCCUGUUAGUGCUACACCGUUGAAGCUGACCCACCCUGGAGGCCGGAUGAUUGAGAAGAAGCAAGCGGCAUCGAUUAAUGCCAGUCAUGGGAAGAAAUAUCCUGUAAGGGGCAGCGACAGAAACCUUGUGAUAAACUUCUCAGCUGAUGAUGACAGUGGUAGUGAAUCUGAUAGCAAAGGAAGGACACAGAACUUAAAGAUCCAACCAAAGGGAACCAUGUCUGCGAAUCGAAAUCCGUCUACAUCAUUACAAACAAGACUGAAAGGAACAACACAGACUGAUAACAGAGCAAUAACAAAGAAGGGAUCGUCCGCUAGCACCUUCAGUCAUCAUGCUGCGACCGCUAAAGUUUCCAACCUUUCAUUUUCCAAGGAAAUGAAAUCCAAUAAAAGUAGUCAUACCUUUCAGAGGACGGUUAGCAAAGAUACACGGGAUCCGGAACAGAUUGUGGAGCCCAGUAGCAACAAACUUGUGGAUUUGAGGCAGCAGAUUGCACUUCGGGAAAGUGAGCUGAAGCUUAAGGCUGCACAGCCAAAGAAGGAUGAUGCUGUUAGUACAAAAAUCAGUCCAGCAAGGAGAUCCAGUAUGGUUUCUGAUGAUGGUAAGCAGCUAGAAUCAAAUGAACCUGCCAAGAAGCGCUUAAAAAUGAGUGGAAUUGACACAAGUCAGCCUGUUAUUGAGUACAGAGUGCCAGCGUCCACUGUUGCACCAAUGAAAGCGCCAGGCAUUGGUAAAAGUCUACUGCCAGGUAUCACUGCAAAUGCUAGUUACAAACACCUUGGUGGUAACAGUGAUGAGAUGAAUCUGCCCGUUAUUUCUCAGCAUAUUGUAGAAGGAAUUACAAGCUCAAAAGUCUUACAAAAAAGCGCAAGCAAAGGAAAUCAUUACGAAGGUGUAAGAUGUGGCCAGCCGGAUUUUCCUGUUCAUGUGUCGUCAAGAGAACUGGAAACAAUGAAAAAUGUUGAUACCGGCGUGUCAAGUGACCAGUUGCUUAAAACAGUCAGUGGAAGCCAUCAGCCAAGUUUGAACAAUUCCGGCCUCUGGAACAUCCCGGGAAAUACAACUAUUUCUGGACAUAGUCAAUUGGAUUUGCUAUCUUUGACAAACCUUGAGGAAUCUCUUGACAGAGAGUUGGAGGAAGCACAAGAGCGUAAACACCUUUGUGAAAUUGAAGAAAGAAAUGCUCUUAAGGUUUAUAGAAAGGCUCAGAGAUCUUUGAUCGAGGCAAAUGCUAGAUGCGCAGAGCUUUACAGCAAGAGAGAAAGUUUAUCUGCUCACUAUGGAUCUCUCAUUGUGGGGGACACCAGAUUGUUGUGGCCUUCUGUACAUCGUGAGCACCCUGAAACUGGGUUGCAUUUCUUGAAUAAUGCUACUGAAGACAUGGUUUUAGCAACCAAAACGGACAUCCCUCAGCAUACUCAGCUAGAAAGCAACCAGAGAUAUAACAAUGAAUAUGGCGGCAGUCAUACUCUACCUCCUUCCCGUAGUGGACAGAAUUUGGGAUCAGAACAGUGCAGUGAUCUUGAUGCUAGUACGUCGGAUGGAUUGCACUGCAGUAACAAGCAAACUUUAAGUAGAAUAUGCUCUCCGUCAAGUGAUGCAAACAUGUUGCCAGAUGACGAGUCAUUUCCAGUGGAUCAUCAGUCUACCGAGGAGAACCUUGGAAAUCAAGCUGGAAAUCUUGAGCAAACUCCAGUCAAUCAGAGUUCUUUGAUUCUCGAAGCAUCAUUAAGAUCUAAAUUGUUUGAGCGUCUAAGCAAGAGGGAAGAAUCUAAAGGUGGCACAUGUUAUAAUGGAGAGACUGUAAUAGAUAGAGGGGAUGAAAGUGAUGUUGCAAGUGAACAAACCCAGAAAGAUGGCAGUAGCCCUGUCUCAGAAAAAUAUCAGGAUAAUGAUUCUAGAGAGCCAGGCGUCAAUAAGCUGCAAGGAAGUCCCUCUGAACCACCAAUUAAACAGUGUGCAAUCGAGGAAAAUUCGCUAAAUUUUCAAUCAUCUAUACAUAUGGAGUCCCAUAGAAUAUCACCAGAGGAUGACCUUUUACCAUGUGGAGCUUUGACAGGCCCUUUAUUACGGAGCACGAUUAAUCAUCUAAAAGUCCCUGGGUCUUCCAUUACGUCUCUGGGACCAGAAUAUGCGCUUCAAAACAAGUCAGAUAGCCUAUAUAGUGAUGGAAGACAAUGUAGGAGCUUGACUGAAACUCCAGUAUAUGAGAAAGAAAUUGGCUUCUACACCUGUAAUUUGAAGGUGGACCCUUUUCGGCCUUUCUGCAUGUACGAGUUACGUGGAAGGUGCAACAAUGAUGAAUGUUCUUGGCAACAUUUCAAAGAUUUCUCUGAUGACAGCUUGCAUCAAAGUCUAAAUGAUCCUCCCGAUUGUAGUGCUGGGUCAAGUGUACAUCAGAAGAAGCAUAAUUCUUCCAGAGGAUCCCAGAUUGUUGAGAUGGAGCUUUCACCAACUUACCUAGUCUGCUUGGAUACGAUGAAGGUUGAUUCGUGGUCUUCUGAGUCCGUUCUGGCUCAAAGAUGGGGGCAAAUAUGGUGGAAGCACUUUAGUGUCUGCCUAGCCUCAUCGAACUCCCUUUGCAAGAAUAUACCGGCAAGUGAACAUGAAGGUCGAAUUGAUGUCCUAGGAAAUUCAAGAACAGACGAAUCAUAUUUCAGGAUUAACCACAGCAUGAUGAAACAAGGUUCAGAUGCUGCUGUUGAACCUGUGGAAAUGGCUCUUAUUAUUUUCUGUCGGGAAGUUGAUCAGACAAAAGACUUGUACCAGGCCCUUUCUGUGCUUUCACGAGGUCUUGAACGUGACCCAACUUCUGAGAUUCUUUGGACUGUUUAUCUCCUGAUUUAUUAUGCGAAUGAAGGAUCGAAUGGGAAAUAUAUGUGUUCUCUUGGGGUCAAACAAUGUAGCAGCUCAUAUGUAAUAUGGCUUAUGUACAUCAACAGUCGAGGACAACUUACCGAUCAGUUAAAUGCAUACGAUGCUGCGCUCUCGGCUCUCUGCAACCAUGCAUCUGGGUCUAAUGACAGGAAUCAUGCCAGCGCUUGCAUAUUAGAUCUUUUGUUGCAGAUGUUCAACCUCUUGUGCAUAUCUGGGAAUGUUUCAAAGGCAGUCCAGAGAAUAUCCAAGCUUCAGGCUCCAGCAGCAGUUUCUGAUGACCCUGAAUUUUCAAUGAUGUCUGACAUUCUCACAUGCUUAACAUUUUCUGACAAAUGUGUGUUCUGGAUUUCUUGUGUCUACUUAGUUAUUUACAGGAAGCUGCCUGAUUCUUUUGUCCAACGACUUGAGAUGGAGAAGGAACUGCUAGAAAUAGAAUGGCCUUCUGUUAAUUUGGUAGGUGACCUGAAGCAGAUGGCUCUCGGAAUAUUUGAUAAAGGGAUGCGUUCAGUAGAAGUUUGUACUAGCGAUGAGUCGUCGGAAAAUGGAAACCAAGAGCGAUCUGCCGGGCUAUUUGCUCUGAACCGCGCCCUGUUUAUGAUUGCAGUUAAUGAGAUAGGACAGUGUAGGGACAUUGUGAAGACAUCAGUUAGUCUCUACCCAGCUUGCUUGGAGCUAAAACUGUUAGCAGCUAGGAUGAAACCAAAGGAAACAUUGUCGUCUGGGUUUGAUGAGCUUCUCAAGCAGGAACCAAAAGAGUCUUCAGAUAUGCAGUGGAUUUGGAAUCAGUACGCUGAAUAUGCUUUGCAAGGAGGGAACUACGACUUGGCAAGAGAAAUCAUGUCCCGAUGGUAUGUAUUGUCCAGUAAGAAAAAGACAGUACUGGCUAAUGAAGAAGAAGAAGAAGGUGACGAUAGUUUGAUGAAAUCAGCUUUAUCAGAUCCGAAUGUUGCAUCGGAUCAGGUUGAUGUGAUGUUUGGAUAUCUUAAUCUCUCUCUCCACAAUCUUCUGCAGAGUAACUGGACCGAGGCUCGCUCGGCUAUUGACCAAGCACUAAAAGCUACAUCUACCGAGCAUUUUAUGCAUUGUCUGAGAGAGCACGCUGUGUUUCAGCUAAUCAGUGAGUUGCAAGCAACUGGUGAAUUCUCAAUCAACCUACAAUUGAGAUUACUCAACUCUUAUCUGGACCGAGCAAGUUCCUUACCGUUGAAAGAGCCGCUAUCAUGGAAAUUCAUCAGCAACAGCGCUGAGAAACCGAGAGUGAGGAAGCUAGUCACUAACCUUCUGGCUCCAGUUUCAUCUGAGCUCUUAUUGGUAAAUGUUGUCCUUGAAGCAUGGCACGGACCAUCUCUCGUACCCGAGAAGCUGAGUAAACAAAAGGAACUGGUUGAUUUUGUGGAAGCAAUCUUAGGGUUGGUCCCUUGCAAUUACCCGCUGGCUUUGUCUGUAAGCAAGCUAUUAAGGAGAGAAGAGAAACAUUCGGAUUCAGGUUCUUCGGGGAUUCAUUUCUGGGCAGGUCUGAAUCUGGUGAAUACGAUCUCUUGUGCCGUACCAGUAGCUCCUGAGUAUAUAUGGGUAGAGGCUGGAGAAAUAUUGAGCAGUAUAAAUGGUUUCAAGACAAGAGCUGAGAGAUUCUUGAGUAAGGCAGUGUCUGUGUAUCCAAUGUCAGUGAAGCUAUGGAGAUGUUACCGGAGUUUGUGUAGAAGCAUAGAAGAGAGAAGAGGCAUUGAGAUCGAAGAAGCAGCCAGAGAGAAAGGAAUCAAGCUUGAUUGA